UAAUUUAUCCAAUUAUAAAUCCUUUACACAUGUCAAAAUUCUAUCUGCAGUGAAUGAGGUUAAAAUUCUCCAGACUGUGGACCCAGCAAAACGAGAGGAGUUCUUUGAAUAUUCCUGUCAGCUAUCAAUAGAUCCUUUAACAGCCCAUCCAAACCUGGUCCUGUCAGACAGAAACACUGUGGUGCAGAUGAGCAAUGAGCCCAGACCGUACCCAGAUCAUCCUGACCGCUUCGACUAUUGGCAACAGGCACUGUGUAAGCCGGGUCUGGCAGGAGGACGAUAUUACUGGGAGCUGGACUGGAGAGGCACUGAAGUGGACAUUGCUGUCACCUACAAAGGGAUCCAGAGGAAAGGAAAUGACAAACCUGGCAGCUUCGGAAGGAAUGACAAGUCUUGGAGUUUGUACUGCUCUGAAUCCGAAUACUCGUUUAUGCACAACAGCAAAAGCACGGCUGUAUCUGUGCCCAGGUCCUCAAGGAUUGGGGUUUAUGUUGACUAUGAGUCUGGGACACUGGCAUUUUAUAGUGUUUCUGACAAAAUGACACUGCUGUACAAGGUGCAAACUAAAUUUACUGAGCCUCUUUACCCUGGCAUUGGAGUUUGGGGAUACGGGACAACAGUGCGACUGUAAUAAAUCUACGCUGUAAAAACUAUAUAAUCAGUAAAUCAUGACAACAUAUUCUUUUUAUUGUAAUUUCACUCACUCACUAUCCUUCGGUGAGAAGCCCACACUAGUGGACAUUAAUUCCAUGUGGGCCUUUUGAGGGCUUUUUGUGAGAUUUUAAAAACAAAUUAUAAUUAAAUAAAUAAUUUUUUUUAAUACAGUAGGCCUACCUAUGAGUGAAAAAUUAACCCUCAAGGGUCACCACAGCGGAAUAAACUGCCAACUUAUCCAGCAUAUUUUUUACACAACGAAUUA